CGUUCAACAAGGUCAUACAUCUGGUUUCUGCAACGCCCAUUAACAAUGUCUGCUUCCGAAGUCACACCAACUUCUGCUCCUGUUCAGCCUGCAACUCCCUCUUCCGAGAUUGACAUCUCUCUUUACAACACCGUCACUGAGGGAAAGGCUACCAUUCUGUUCCCCAAAAGCAACGAGGUGUUCUACAACCCUGUGCAAGAAUUCAAUCGUGACAUGUCAAUUGCAGCUAUCCGUACCUGGAGCGAAAUAUUUAUGGAGGAAAAGAAACAGAGAAUAGAGAAGAAGCUCGCCAAGGCCAAAACCGAGGAAGAGAAGCAAAUCAUUGAAAAGAAAUUGGCUGAUUACAUCGACACAAAGGGCUUCAACAUUCUAGAGGCACUUGCCGCCAGUGGAUUGAGAUCUAUUCGUUAUGCAAAAGAGAUUCCCAACCUUAAGCAGGUUGUGGCCAACGAUAUUACUCCCGAUGCUGUCGAGUCAAUUAAGAGAAAUGUUAAAUAUAACGAAUUAAGUGAAGAUCUCGUACGACCCAACUUGGGCGAUGCCAUGCAGGUCAUGUACCGCACUGUUGGAAGCACCGAAAAGUAUGAUGUUGUGGAUCUCGACCCUUAUGGUACCGCUGCUCCAUUUGUUGACGGUGCUAUCCAAGCUGUUUCUGAAGGAGGACUUUUAUGUGUGACCUGCACAGAUCUUGCUAUUCUUACUGGAUCAAUGCACCCCGAGACUUGUUUUGGAAAGUAUGGUGGUAUGCCCCUCAAGGGUAUGUUCCCUCACGAGAUGGCACUUCGUUUGGUGCUGCAGAUGUUGCAGACCUCUGCAGGACGUUACCGUCGCCACAUCGUUCCUCUUGUAUCUUGUAGCAUUGAUUUUUAUCUCCGCGUCUUUGUUCGAGUCUAUACAUCAGCAGCUGAAGUGAAGAAGGCCGCCAGCAAAAUCGGUGUUAUGUAUGAGUGCACUGGAUGCCAUGCCUACAGUGUUCAGCCCCUUGGCAAGAUCCAGGUAAAGGAUAACGGUCAGGACAGACACACUCCUGGUACUGGCCCUCCAGUUGGCGAGUUUUGCAGCAGCUGUGGAAGCACACAUCAUGUCGGUGGCCCUGCUUGGGCUGGUCCUUUGCACGACAAAGACUUUGUAGAGCGCAUGUUGGGACAUAUUGAUACAAACAGAACCAACUAUGGAACCAACCAGCGUAUGACUGGUAUGCUUACUGUUAUCCAAGAAGAGAUCGAGGAUCCCUUCUAUUGGACCUUGGCCCGCCUGUGCGGCACCAUGCAUUGUAACAGUAUCCCAAUGAUGGAUCUUUUCUCUGCCAUCUUGAACGCUGGCUACAAGGUAUCCGUGUCUCACUGUGGACCUCAAUCAAUGAAGACAAACGCACCGGCGAACAUUGUGUGGGAUGUUAUGAGAUGCUGGAUCAAGAAGAAUCCUGUUGUAAUGGAAAAUAUUGCUGAAAACUCUCCUGCAAGAGCAAUUCUUCUCAAGGAACCAAGCUUUGAAGCAGAUUUCACAAGACAUCCCGAUGCUAGCCCCAAGUCUCGGUCUGUGAACUUGGUUCGUUAUCAGAUUAACCCAACUGCCAACUGGGGACCCAAGGCACGAGCAGGCAAGAAGAGAAAGGUUGAAGAAUAAAAAAAAACUAUUAUUAUACUAUCAAUAUGAAUAUUCUUUUCUUUUCCUUAAAAUAAAAAGACAAUAAAAAACUAGAAAACAUCUCAUAAAUAAUAAAAUUAUAUUUUAUCCCUUCGUGGUACCAACCAAU